AUGAACAUACCAAAAGAACAAAAUAAGAACGAUCAAAUUAAUGUUACCAUAGAAUAUGGAAAAGACAAAAAAAUGAAAGUAAUUAAAACACCCAUAAAUGAUACCAAGAAAAAUAAUAUCAUUAACCAUAAUUAUGAUUAUUCAAAUAUAAACGAUAAAUAUAAUAACACAUCUGAUUGUUAUUUAAUGAAUAAUGAAGAUGGUAUAAAUUUGUACUUAAAUUAUUAUAAAAAGAAUUUCUUGAAAUUUCAAGAAAAUAAUUUAUAUAAUGUUUAUGAAUUAAAAGAUAUAGAAAAAAAAAUGGAACUAGCCAUUUUAGAAAUUAUGAAUUUAAUUAAUAUACAAUAUGAUUAUGCUUAUCAUUUUCUAAAAGCAUAUAAUUUUAAUUCAAAUGAUUUAUUAGAAAAUUGGUUUAAUAAUUCAAAAAAAGUAUUAACAAAAUUAAAGUUAUCUCAUUUGAAGGAAGAAGAUAUAUUAAAUAAUAAUAAUAAUAAUAAUAUAGAUGAACCCAUGAUAAAACAAAAAAAAGAACAAUUUGUACAUAAUUGUAAACAAGAAAAAUUUAUUUGUCCCAUCUUAUUUUUAGAAUGUGAUAUAGAAGAUACAUAUACUUUGUCAUGUGGACAUAAAUAUUCAAAAGAAUGUUUAAAAAAUUAUUUGAAAACCUCAUUACACAAUGAUUUUGAAGAUGAUAUUAUUACUAAAGAAUGUAUAGAUCUAAAGUGUAAUAAAAUAAUUAAAAAAAACGACUGGAAAAAUAUUUGUGAAGAAAAAGAUUAUGAAAAAUAUUUAUAUACCUUAUUACAUAUAUAUAUAAAAAAAAGUAAAGAUUUAAAAAAAUGUCCAAACAAACCAUGUCCAUAUAUAAUUCAGUCUGUCAUGUUAAAUAAUAACAAUGUCAUCUGUAAAUGUGGAUAUCACUUCUGUUUUGAAUGUUUACAUGAAUUUCAUAGACCUCUUUUAUGUUCAUAUAUUAAAAAAUGGUAUGAACUCGAAAAUAAUGAUGAUCAUAAUAUGAAAUGGAUACAUGCAUAUACAAAAAUGUGUCCUAAUUGUAAUAAACCUAUCGAAAAAAAUUCUGGAUGUAUGAAUGUCAAAUGCAUAUGUGGUUAUAGCUUUUGUUGGUUAUGUCUUGAUAAUUGGAAAAAUCAUAAAGGUGGAUUUUAUAAAUGUAACAAGUAUUUGGAACAUAACUCCAAAUAUAACGAACAGAAAAAACAAAAAAAAAAAACUGAUAAAAAAAAAGAUGACACCGUAAAAACUUAUGAUGAUGAAAAAGAGGACACAGACAAAACACAUGACAAUGAUAAUAUACAAAACAAUCGUGAGGAAAAAAGAAAUUCUCAUCUGAUACUCAACAGAUAUAAUCAUUUUAAAUCAAGAUUUAAUGAUCAUCAGUAUGCUGAAAACUUUUCUAUACAUACACAACUACUCUUUUUAUAUAACUUCUGUAAAAAUUAUAACAUUCAUUUACAUAAAAUGAAGUUCUUUGAAGAUGCCAUUAUUCAAAUUAUAAAAUGUAGAAAAAUAUUAAAAUGGUCCUAUACAUAUGCAUACUUCUCAAAUUGGAAAAGUGAUAAUCAGAAACAUCUUUUUGAAUAUCAUCAAGGAGAACUAGAAAAAAAUCUUGAUAUCUUACAAACCAAAACAGAAGAUAUAAACUUAACACAAUUUAAAAAUAAUACAGAUAAUGAUACUGUUAGGGACAUACAACAAAUUACUCAAAUGAUUGAUAUAUUUUUUAAAAAUAUUUGUGAAUUUAUGGAAAAUAAUUUUGUUUAG